AUGUCAGGGCGUCCAAAAGUAACUAAAAUACAAGUCCGUCAAACCGCUUCACGCCUUCUUGGCGUUGCCAUUGAAACCAUCAUUGGUGUCCGUCAACUGGAAAGUUUCGAGGAUUGCAAUUAUCAUAUUAAAAUCAACAACAAAGAGAAUGAUUGCAAUGAUCAAUUUAUCCUCAAAAUCUUAAAUCUGCAAAGUAAUCUAAUCAAAGAUGCAAUUGAAUGUAAAAUCUUAGCUUGCCAAUUUCUUAGCCAAUCAGGAAUCCAAUGCUCAAAACCAGUUCAACUGACCAAUGGCAGCUAUAUGGAUAUGGUGACAUUUUUAUCUUCUGAUAGCGCUGAAAACACCGUUCACAAUGAUCAUAUCGUAUUUAUAGUAGAAUAUUUACAAGGUAUCUUAUUACGUGAUAUGGAGCCUAAAUUUGAUAAUACGCUGAUGUACCAAUUAGGCCAAACAAUCGCAACCAUGGACAAACAACUUCUC